AUGGCUAGAAAUCUUCAACUUACACCUUUAGUCUUUUCCCUCUUAUUCCUUAUGACCUUAAUCAAAACCUCUCAUGCUAGAGGCAUCGCUAUCUACUGGGGUCAAAAUGGCAAUGAGGGAAACCUAACAACUACCUGUGCUACAGGAAGAUAUUCCUAUGUAAACUUAGCCUUCCUAAACGUAUUUGGCAAUGGCCAAACCCCAGAAAUCAACCUUGCUGGUCAUUGCAACCCAGCAUCCAAUGGGUGCACCAUUAUUAGUGAAGGAAUAAGGUUCUGCCAAAAGCAUGGAAUUAAGGUCAUGCUCUCAAUUGGAGGUGGAGUUGGAAACUACUCUCUAGCUUCUCCCAAGGAUGCAGAAAAAGUAGCAAAAUAUUUAUGGCACAAUUUCUUGGGUGGAAAGUCAUCUUCGCGGCCAUUAGGGGAUGCCAUAUUGGAUGGCAUAGACUUUGACAUUGAGCUUGGCUCAACAAAAUAUUGGGAAGACCUAGCAAAGCACUUGAAGAAACAUUGCAAGAAAAGAAGGAAGGUGUACUUGACAGCAGCUCCACAAUGUCCAUUUCCUGACAGAUUUCUUGGUACUGCACUUAACACAGGUCAUUUUGACCAUGUUUGGGUUCAAUUCUAUAACAAUCCUCAAUGCCAAUAUAGUUCGGGUAACACCACUAAUCUUAUGAGCUCAUGGAACCGAUGGAGUACCUCGAUAAAGGUAGGGAAAUUAUUUUUAGGCUUACCUGCGGCUCCUCAGGCAGCUGGAAGUGGAUAUGUUCCACCUGAUGUGUUGACUUCUCAAAUUCUUCCUGUGAUUAGGAAGUCACCAAAGUAUGGAGGUGUGAUGCUUUGGUCAAGAUAUUAUGAUGGUUUAACUGGAUAUAGUUCCUCCAUUAUUGAAAGUGUGUGA